CAGAGAGAUUGAUCCAGUCGGUGCUGAUUCGGCAAGGAGUAUGGGAGGCAGUUAACAAUCCCUGUUGCUAAUGUGGAGGAAUUCCGCCAUGGAAGAACCCUCCACCUUGCCAGGGGCCAGUGAGCCAUUCACUCGGCGUAAACUGGGUGAAAAGGUAGUAUGUUCCCGCAAGGAAUACAGAAUGUACCAGGAUUAUGUGGAUGAUAUCAAGAAUGACUUUCAAAACAACCAACAGAGGGAAAGACAGAAAAGGCUUCUUGAGCUGGAAGAGCAGGGUCUGAUUUUAGACAACUUGACUGGGGAAGAUAUCAGAACCUUCUUACAAACAAAUGAGCUCCCAAGACAUGAUGGACCACAGCAGCAGCAUGGACUGGAGCAAACAAAAAAGACAACCAUCAAAGAAAAGAAUGGACUCCAGAAUGGAGGAAAGCUUCCGAGUAUGACGACACAGCAGACAUCUACAAGAGAUAAAACACGGCUACACCUCAAUGAAAAUGAAAUAAAACAUGAGUUGAACAGGAACAGAUACAUGAGAGACAUCCAGGAGAAAAGGAGACAAAGGGAAAUGAGUAUUUCCAAACGCAGGGCUGGAGCACAGCAGGAUGAAGUGGAUCGGUUGACGAAAACCCUAAGGGAUUUGGAAAAGAUGAGGGUACACACUAAGGAUCAAACAAAACUUCUCUAUCAAGUUUUUGGUAAAUCAACCUCAGUAAAAUCACCACAGAAAAUUACUGUGCCAAGGAGGCCCACACUCAGACCGCUUGCUCCUUUACCAGCCAGGGGACAUGACAUAACAACCCAGACAUCUUCACCAGACACCAAAUUGCUGUCCCCAUCGAUCUACACACCAUAUCUACAAUUGCCUUGUCUUGGCCAAUUGAAGAUGCUGACCAACCAACAUGAUCCCGAGCCUAACAAGAAGGCUAGAAUUACUCAGGCUCUACUGGACCACUUAAACAGUGAUUCUUUUAAGAUGCAAAUUGCAGAGUGCAUCCAGAACGAGACUACACUGACGAGCGGAAUCGGAAGUCUCUACACCAGAGAGCUCUUCAGAUGA